AUGGGUUCUGUGGCGUCUGUGCUCUAUCGACCUCGUGUCACCGCGGAGGGCGUGAUCGAUGCAGUAAACAUGCCGUCCGUUGCUCAGUUUGAAGAUGAAGACAAGGAAGUAAGGCUUAUCGCUGAGCCAUUUCCACAGGGUCAUGUCUACUAUGUUCAAACGAAGACACUCGACCGGCCGAUUCAUUAUGUCAGUCGUGUGCGCCUCAUCGUCCUCGGACCCGGGCAGGAAACCAUAUUUCUCGGGAUCCGCCCUCGGCCUAUCAUCAACCACAAGUAUUUUCCGUCCGUGCUCCCUCCAAGACUCCUCGGGAAGAUCACCAUGCCUGACGAUGUACCAAUGCCAGCAACUGAGUCGCUGGCGAUCUGGCUGGAGUAUACC